AUGCCAAAACCUGAAGUAGAUGCUCCAGAAGUUUGCGACACCCAGUCGCCCAAGACCAGAGAUCCUUCUCCCCAGGAUGAUGAUCCUGGAGCUUCUAUUGCCACAGCCAUUGGAGAAUCGGAAUCACAAAUGAAGGCAGGUCAGGUCCAAGCCAACCUUGAUCCUUCUGGGCAACCCUCCUUGACUCCACCUACGCUAUUGAUGUCACAAUCGGAGCCUUCUCCUCAGGAUGGAUUGGACCAUGGGAGCAGUGAGGCCCAGCAGCUGAAUGCUGAGACUUCAGAAGAACAACAAGGGCAUCAUCCUCAAUCUACACCAGCAUCUUCUUCUUCACCUACACCAACAAUGGCAGGGACAGAUUCAAAGGUCGCUGGUGACCAGGGGAAUGAAGACAAGGUCUCACAGACCCUAGAGCAAGAGCUGGAAGGUCUCAUUGACGAAAUGGACCUGGAUGAUGAUGGUAAUGACGCUAAGAACCAUGAUGAUGCUCCCAACGUUGAUUCAGCCAAGGAUGAGCAGACAGGGCCUCCAUUGCCAACAGUCGUGAAACAAGCGAUUGAAAGUUGCAAGAACCACCACUUCUUUCAGAAGUUUCUUGACGCGCACAUUAGCAAGCGAGGAUGGGCAUUUGGAGCUUAUGCUUCGGCUUUGACAGACUUGGUUGACUUCAACACCUUCAUGCAAUCACUUUGUGAGAAUCCGCGAAUGAAGUGUUCUCAGACUGAGUCCAAUCAGGGCAAGGAUAUUGAUAUGGAUGUUUCAGAAUCAGAUUCCAUCAAAGCGAACAAAGAGAAUGUGGCAGUGGAAUCAGCGAACAAAGAGUAUGGCCAAUUCCUCGACCAGGAUGGACAAGUUGAUAUGAACAACUUCCUUGUCAAUGCGGCUUCAUUCUUUGUCAAGAAGGCUCGGGAAUCACUUGGAGAGAGCGCUCGACUAUCGGAAUUGAUACCUGGAGAGAUUGCUAUGGCUUCAUUGUGCUCAGGAUCAGGUGCUGGCGAACUAGCUUUUCAGUCUGCUGUGACUGGGCUAAGUGAAGAGUUCAUGAAUCCUUUGAAAGGCAAAUUGAUAUUUUGCUGUGAAAAGGAAACAUGGAAGCAAGAGUGGCUGUUGAAGAACAUCCUUGUGGGCGACGCUGGCAACGCCUGCUUGUACGACGAUGUGUUGACCCUUGGGCUGGGGCCUCCAUCCUCUUCAGAGAUGACCUCUUCUGCCAAAAUCAUCAAGCACAAGACCAAAGGCAAAGGUGACACUUCCGAUCAUCCACAUUGCGUAGUCCAUGACAAGGAAUGCAGUGAUUGCAGGGACACACCGAUCUUCAUCUUGAAGUCUGGCUUCAGUUGUAAAGGAAACUCACGGAUGAAUGUGAAAUUCUCUGACUUCCGGACAGCCAUGAAAUCUAUCGAUUUCGCAUCAUGCUCAGUGGCUACUUGCUAUGGAUCUCUUGCUGUGAUUGAACACUGCAAGCCCAAGGUGGUCAUACUCGAGAAUGUUGACUCCAUAGGCAACGAAUCACAGCCUGAUUCGAACCUUCACAAGGUUGUGGCAGAGCUGGAGGCAAUCGAUGAUGCAAUGUAUGCUGUGAAAGUAUUUCAUUUGUGUGCGAGUGAUUACCUGCUUCCUCAGAAGAGGAAACGUGUCUUCAUCAUUGCUGUCCGGCUUGAUGGGUCUGUGACGGGGGAUGAGCCAAAAAACGCAAACCAGUUCUUCGAAAGUGUCGGUGCUUUGUUGGCGGCUCUCAAGACACCACCUCUACCUUUACAGGCUGUUCUUCUUCCAAAAGAUCACGAAUACAUAGAGAAUGAGCUUCAACGACGACAAGAAUCACGCAGCAAGUUGGACGAGAAGAUCAAGUCAAAGGAGGAUGUGAAAUGGGUGCCUCGCCACAUGGAUAUGAGUGAGGAGUUGAAUGUAUCAUGGCCUCCACCGGUGCCUUCAGAACUGCAAGACAACCCUUGGCUACACGUUGCUCCUCAACGGGGACAAGAAGUUGUGUGUUAUGCAGCUCUUGAAGAAGGCACGAAAUGGGUAGAUCAUCACAAGGAGUGCAGAGGUCAAGAAACAGCAAGGACUCCUGUGCACCAACGGUCCUUCCUGGGUGUCACCUUUGGAGCUUUGAUGAAGGUAGAUUCCUGA